AUGCACGGGCGGCAGGGUGCUGAUGAGCUGGAUGCAGCUGUAGCUGCGGAGCAGUUUCGGCAUGAGGAAUCGGGGACUGAGCCUUGCGCUGUUUGCGGCGGCCCGACAGUCCUUUGCUGCUCCGGCUGCGAAGAAGUCUUCUACUGCUCCGUGAAUUGCCAGCAGAAGGACUGGGCUUCGCACCGGCUUCAUUGCCACCGUCGCGCGGACCAAGUGGCACAACAGGUCAAGUCUUCGCUGGCGAUCGUCCCUACUGAGCCCAAGGAGACACCACCACACAAGCGAGAGAUUGUCCUGGCAGGCAAAGAGCAUGCCAUCAAAGGGGCCGAGGAGAAGCGCGAGCAGCUACGGUCGGCGGCCGUGGCAGCAGCUCGCGACCGGCGCUACAUGGAGGUGUUGGACUCGGCGAUGCAAGCCUACCAGAUGGGCGCCUCGGAGAGCCGGCGGAAGACGGCAGGGGAGCCGGAUGUGGAUCUCAACCAACUGGUCGAGGCUUUGAAUGUGCGAGCUGCAGACUCCUGUGCUUGGGACACCAACCGUCUCCUCUUGCGAGACUUGCUUCUGCGCAAGCCGCAAGGGCACAUUGCAGCCAGACUCUUGGACCGCUUCGGCCACAUGGUGCAAGCGAUACCCAAACUGGGAAGAAGACACCUAAACGAGUUCAGAGAGAACCUGCAGGCAACGGACCACAUCUUACACAUCCUGGUCUCUGCGGACGGUCAGAGUUUAGCCCUGAAGGCCAAGCUCGCCUAUGACCCGCUCUACAUCCUCGUGCCCGUCCUGGAGGGCGAGACGAAGCCUCCAUGGAACAAGAAGGAGUUCGCGAAUGUCUGCAAUGCCAUCCACAGUGCCGCGUGGUGA